UCCCAACCAACCAACCUCCCCUACGCCAUCACACGGUAACGACCGCUCCUGCUGCGCUCGUCCACCACCUCACGACUUGCUCCUGGCGGCGAGCCCGGCGGAAACAAAAGGGUCGUGCCAGAGCAGGCAGCCAGGCCGAGCCCCCCAUGGCCAAGCAGAAGGCCUCGCCGCCGGGCGCGGUCCGCCGCCGCCUCGGCGGCGCCGGGGCAUCGGCCGUCGGGUGGGCGCUGCGCGUCGCGACCAGCAUCGUGGCCUGGACGCUGCUCCUGCACCUCUUCACCUUCCUCGGCAUCCCCCGCCCGCCGCUGCCCAUCGCGCGCCCGUCCUGCCUGGGCGGCCGCAGCAACUCCACCGCCGCAGAAGCGCUGGUUGCGGCCAGCGAGGCCGCGCGCCGGGCGCCCCCGGCUCUGCCUCCCAGGAGUGCGUGCUUCUCGUCCUCUUCAUCCGGGCAUUCUUGGGUCCUGGGGUUGGGUUUCGUAGAAUCCGGUCCCGCUUCUUGCUCUGUUCUUGGCUGGGUGAGGCGCUUCUUCCUGCCCCCGUGGCGGGAGACAGAAUGUGGUAGUCCCAGAGCAUUUGCAAGCUGGAUCGAAUCAUUUCCCGGACUUUACAAGAGUAAUGGCUAUCUUCUUGUUUCAUGCAAUGGUGGUCUGAAUCAAAUGCGGGCAGCUAUAUGCGACAUGGUGACUGUAGCACGUUACUUGAAUCUGACCAUGGUGAUACCUGAACUUGACAAGCAAUCCUUCUGGGCUGAUCCUAGUGAUUUUGGGGAUAUUUUUGAUGUAAAUCAUUUCAUCGAUUCAUUGAGAGAUGAAGUGAAGAUUGUCAAAGAACUCCCGCAGAAGUUCAGUGAAAAAGUUCCUCUGUCAAUGCAACCAAUCAGCUGGUCUAGUGAGAAAUACUAUUUGAGGCAGAUCUUGCCUCUAGUACGAAAACACAAGGUGGUACGUUUUAGCAAGACAGAUUCUCGCCUUGCAAAUAAUGGCCUUCCUCUGAAGCUACAGAAACUUCGCUGCUAUGUUAACUACAACGCAUUGAGAUUUACACCAUCCAUUGAGGCUCUAGGCAACAAGAUGGUCUCAAUUCUUAGGAGAACUGGAUCUUUUAUUGUGCUUCAUCUGAGAUAUGAGAUGGAUAUGCUUGCUUUCUCGGGAUGUACACAUGGAUGUUCUGAUGAAGAAACAGAAGAGUUGACAAGAAUGAGGUAUGCAUAUCCCUGGUGGAAAGAAAAGGAAAUAGACUCUGAGAAGAAAAGGCUUGAGGGAUUGUGCCCCCUUACUCCUGGAGAAACAACAUUAGUACUUAAAGCUCUCGGUUUCCCCAGAGACACUCAAAUAUAUAUUGCCUCAGGUGAAAUAUAUGGUGGUGAAACAAGACUAGCUGUAUUGAAGACAGAAUUUCCUAACAUCGUGCGGAAGGAGAUGCUUUUAUCUGAUGAUGAGUUACGACCCUUUCAGAAGCACUCGACUCAAAUGGCAGCACUGGACUAUCUUGUUUCUGUCGCCAGUGAUGUUUUUAUCCCCAGUAAUGAUGGAAACAUGGCUAAAGUCGUAGAAGGGCACCGCAGGUUUGCAGGCUUCCAUAAAACCAUACAAUUGGACAGGAAGAAGCUAGUUGAGCUUAUAGAUCUUUUUGAAGACCAGGAGCUGUCCUGGGAAGAAUUCUCCGUUGCUGUCAAGGAGCUCCACAUGGGCCGAAUGAGCCAGCCCACCAGAAGGCGUGUUAUCCCCGGACAACCGAAGGAAGAGGGCUACUUCUAUGCUAAUCCUCAUGAAUGCCUUGGGCCUGCAAGAAAGCGAAUGGAAAGGUUAAAACAUAUUGAGAUUUGAAUGCUACACAAUUAGCGCCCUGGUAGGUUGGUACAGAUAGAAUGCCAAGCUGAAAAGUGGCAAUGAUGUGCAUUUAGGCGCCAUUUCAAAUAACCAGAGUAUAGCUGCUUGCAGCAAUGGCAAAACAACCUUCAGCUUCCUCAUUUAGCUGACCUCUGCUCAUGAUUUUUGCCGAGCCUUGCCCUCAUGAAGUGCAACUGCGUGAAUAAGCUGUAAUCCUACUCUACCUGGCUAAGCUCAUGACCCUGCCACCAAUUGAAGACCGUUCUUCUUGUCAAUAAUCAUGGCUCGAGAGAAGCAUUUGCCAUCCAGAAACUUCAUGGCCAUUAUCAAUUCUUGGAUUCAGAUUUUGUUGAUUCUGCAUUGAUUUUCCCCUGCUACUGAGGUUUGUGGAUGGUAUAGUCUGACUGAACUGGAACAUGACCCCUAUUAAUCUUUUGAUGUCAUGUUCUUGUACAUGUUCUGUUGUUAUCGUGCAGGUGGUAGCUAUAUGUUGUAUACUUGUAUUAGGUGGUUGAAUUUGUUGUUAAUGUGUAACAUGCAACGUCUGGAAUGGAAACAAUGUAAAUGCAGUAAAGAAUUGUGGCAUCAAAUUUUGACAAA